AGCACAAGGGGGCAGAUGGAGAAACUGAAAGUUAAGGUAGAAUUCCGUGACCUUUUGAAUGUCAGCAAAAAGAAGAUAAAAUUAUUGGUUGACUAGAACAAGUCAGAGUUGGCCUACCCAAAAUGCUAUUUCCUGCCAUAAAGUUUGGUUACAAAGCGGUAAUUUGAAGAUCCGGUGUGAGUAAGGGUUGAAGAUGAGAUAAUUCUUACUAAUGACCCACAGUUGGUUUAUAGGAGGCUAAACAAAGAAAAUCUCCACAAUGCCUCUGAGGCCAUUCCUUAGAACCAGCAGUAAACAGAUUACUCGGCCUGGUCCAGCAAAUUAGCCAAAGGCAUGAGCACAUGAGGUUGAUCCCACCUGCACCGAGAGAGUAUAAAAGGCCCUCUGCAAGGAGAGAUGUUCAGACUGCAGUCACCUACACUCUUUCACUAUCCAAAGGCAUCCUCAACAACCAACACCAUGUGUUGCAGCUACUACAGAAACUACUAUGGGGGCCGUGACUACGGAUGCUGUGGCUAUGGAGGCCUGGGCUGUGGCUAUGGAGGCCUGGGCUGUGGCUAUGGCUCCUGCUAUGGCCGUGACUUCCGUGGACUGGGCUGUGGCUAUGGCUCCUGCUAUGGCCGUGACUUCCGUGGACUGGGCUGUGGUUAUGGCUCCUGCUAUGGCCGUGACUUCCGUGGACUGGGCUGUGGUUAUGGCUCCUGCUAUGGCCGUGACUUCCGUGGACUGGGCUGUGGUUAUGGCUCCUGCUAUGGCCGUGACUUCCGUGGACUGGGCUGUGGCUAUGGCUAUGGCUCCCAUUCUCUCUAUGGCUGUGGCUACGGUUGUGGCUCUGGCUACGGCUCUGACUUUGGCUACUACUAUUGAGGACAUCUUGGGAGACUCUUACUCUCUACACCUGGACAUUGUGAUUCACCAAUUCUGAAUGCCACAUGUCCUGAGCCUCUUCCUUGGGUGAUGAUUACACUAUGUCAUUGAAGUCUGGUAUGGUCUGUUGUUGACCUGCAAUCUAACCAACAAUUCCCUGAAUUUGCCUCGUGAGAGGUGGCAGAACAGAAAAUCUACCUGUGACCUCACAGUUAAACUUUCAUCAGGAUGAUGACUUCAGAGCAACCGUCCUGAUGUCUUUCACUCUGGGACGUGUUUUUCUGAUGAGCUAAUAAAUUUGUUUCAUCUGGAAAAGCAGUGCUGGUUUUUA